AUGGGAGAGCUAAAUCCGAACAGUCAUCUGUGUUGGAAGAUUCUGCAUCUCAUUGUUUUCAUUCAAGGAGCGUAUGGGUGCAGGGUGAUGGGAAGCCGCAAUAACAUCCCAUUGGGCACUUAUUGUUAUGUUCAAGAGACCAGACGUGCCGCAGCAGGACAUUCUUGGACAGCAAAACCAGAACUCCCCACAGCGAAUGAAAUUCUCGGGAUUGAUGAGAACAAUGGAUGUGCCGAUGGAAGCGUCAAUUUGCUGGCAAACAAAGUCCAAGGUUCAUGGCCAUCAACAAAGAUAUACUUGCGCACACAUUACGGUCUCCUUAGAGAGGAUGCUGUGGCCUAUGCGAAGGAAGAUCCGCGCAUGAAGGAUUCCACAGAUGUUUGUAUCUAUGAAAAGGUAUACAUUGUUGGAUUAACUUGUGCAGAUGCUGGAGUAGCUGUGAAAAUUCAGUUCUCGACAGCUCGCGCGGGAAAGAAUAUCGUCUGGGAAUACUCUUCCAGGUUAAUUACGGGCAACAUUGUCACACUUACCCCGGCAAAUGACAUGUUCAAAUCCAAGUGCGGAGUUGAUCCACAGAAGGAGUUUGUUAUGGUAGAAGCAAAGAGCGGUUAUUACGAAGCAGCCCGGCAUACCUUGGCCGCACUACAAAAAAUGGCGAGAGACGGUUUUCCAUUUUCGGAAUAUUUGUGUGGGCUUCAGCCUACAAUAGAUCCUCCAGAGUACAUUAAGUUGAAUCCUUUUGUCGAUAUGUCAUCUGCAAUGGCCGACGGAGAUUGUGCGAAAAUAGACGUCCUCAGCAGCUGGCCACCGCCGCCCAAAUCUUUGGAUUCGUCUCAAUGGGCUGCACUACGUCAAAUUCUCACAAAAGAGCUGGCUAUAAUACAGGGUCCUCCCGGGACUGGUAAAACCCAUGUCUCUACCAUUGCAUUGAAAUCGCUACUAUCAACACUUCCAUGCACCGAUCCUCCAAUUAUCAUCGCAGCUCAAACGAAUCACGCGCUCGACCAGUUACUUCGUCAUGUUUCACAGUUUGAAGACAAAUUACUAAUUCCAGGUGGACUAUCCGGACCCUCUAGAAAGCACAUACGGGGGCUUUCAGAAGAUAUCUUUAUUCUUCUAGCACCAUUUUCUCCGGAAAAUUCUUGGUCACCAUUGCCCGCAUCAGUGUUUCUCAAACUGAACCUCAUUAACCAAUCACAGUACGAUUCUCUAGUGAGUUGCGCCGAGGGAUGGGUUCACGCAGGCGACCAAUUAGAACCUCUUGCUGCCUGGCUUGGAGACAGCAAAGUUAAGUUUCUUAAGGAACUCAAGCUUGAUCAAGGCCUUAGUGAGGAAGACUCAGAAAGUCUGAGAGGACCUUAUAUGUCACUGGCGGAGCGGUUUAAGGGGAGGGGACACCUUCCAACACAUGCUUUGUUGUGUGGUCGACAAGUUUUAGAGCAUGAGGAUCUCUGGGAAAUUCCUCCGACUGCCCGUGGUGGCAUCUAUGCAGCGUUGCAGGCAAUGGCGAAAAAGGCCAUUCUAGACUCCCUUCGGUCUUUGGUGAAGAGGUACAAUCAUACUGCCCAGGACCUCCAAACUGGGAGAUGGGAGCGUAACUGCAGCAUCCUCCAAUCUGCGAGGGUGAUUGGCAUGACAACAACAACAACAAGCCUCAGCAAAUAUCGUGCACUUAUUUCAAGCAUUAAGCCAAAGAUAAUCCUGGUUGAAGAGGCAGCUGAAGUAAUAGAAGCUUCAAUUGCUGCCGCCUGUAUAAAACCUUUGGAGCAUUUGAUUCUAGUUGGUGACCACAAGCAGCUUCAGGGAAGUUGUGCUGUCAAAGAGCUAGAAGAUGAGCCGUUCUUUCUCAAAAUUUCACUGUUCGAACGCCUUAUUCAUAAUGGGGUUGGAUUCAAAUCUUUAACCAAACAGCGCCGAAUGCCCCCUGAGGUCCGAAUAGUUCUUGCCCCGAUAUAUGAUAAUCUGGAUGAUCACCCGUCUGUGAAUGAUAAACUGGAAGUUCCUGGCAUGGAUGGCAUCAAUUCGUUCUUUUUCUGCCAUGGAUGGCCUGAAUCUUCCGAUAGCCUGCUCUCCAAAUACAACUACAAUGAGGCACAGAUGAUUGUCGGUUUUUUCUUCUAUCUCCACCUCAACAAAGUCCCCGUGGAGGACAUCACAAUAUUAACCUUCUACAACGGGCAACGAAAGAAAAUCUUAAAAGGCUUGAGAGACAUUCCUUUGCUUCAGGGGCAAUAUCUCAAAGUAUCCACAGUAGACUCGUAUCAGGGGGAGGAAAAUGAGAUUGUCAUUUUGUCACUGGUUAGGAGCAACAAGAAUAUUGGAAAUGUCGGCUUUCUUUCUAUUGAAAACAGGGUGUGCGUGGCGCUAUCUCGCGCAAAACGGGGAUUUUAUAUUUUCGGAAACGCUGAGUUCCUGGCCCUAGCGAGCCCUCUGUGGUGGGAAGUUGUUCAGAUCGUCAGUUGUGGUCCCAAGAGGAUUGGAUACCAUGUUCCCCUUGCCUGUGACAAUCACCAAACCAGAACCUAUCUCGCGGAGCCAGGGGAGUGGUCAUCGACGGACGGAGGUUGCUCACUGAAGUGUGGGCAAAAACUGACAUGCGGCCAUAACUGCCCUCUUUUCUGUCAUGUCAUGCCGCAUUCGCAAGUUAAAUGUCUACAAUCAUGCCUUGAGCAUCUUCCAUGCGGGCAUCCAUGUGUCGGAGGUUGUCAACUUCCUUGUAAAUGCCAGUACAAUGAUUGUGCUUUGCCGAACAUGGGUUUUGCGGGGAAGGAAAAUGCGCAACCUACGUCAAACACCCAUCCCCCUCUAGCUGGUGGCCGUACCCGUUCUCGUAUCCGCACUCAAAGCCCUAGAGAACACGCCAACUUCCUCCAGGACUAUAAUGAGCAUGUCAACGGCGGUGCCGAAAGGGACGACACACAACUUGCUUCAGAGACAGAGCUUCUCGAGAUAAAUGAACAUGUCAAUGAGAGAGCGCGUCCUGACUUGCUUUCGGACGGCGUCGACGAUAAUAGCUACUGUAUACUGUAUAUCUCUGGGGGAUCUAUUCGGACCGCCUUCGGCAGUGGAACCCAGGUUUAA